AAGGAGCGGGCAGUAGAAGGGCAGCGACCCAGCCGAGGGCCGAGUUCAAGUGCAUGAGCUUGUCCGAACUAGCGCGUCUGUACCAGAGGCUGACCGUGGGAUAAAAGCCAACCUGAAGCGAAUGAAGAAACAACUGAUCUUUCUCUUCACGUACAGAGGACUGUUGGGCAAGAAGGCCAAAAGAAGAAAAUGGAAUAUAUAUUACGAAAAGCCGAACCCAGAGACGUUUCUGACAUAUUACGACUGGUGAAGGAACUUGCCAAAUACGAAGAGAUGGAGCACCAGGUGACACUCACUGAGAAAGAGCUCCUGGAGGACGGAUUCGGUGACACCCCGUUUUACCAUUGCAUCAUCACUGAAAUCCACGGACAGAACCGCAGUGAUGAUCCAAAGGUGGUGGGUUUUGCCAUGUACUACUUUACAUACGACCCCUGGGUCGGCAAACAGCUCUACCUGGAGGACUUCUACGUGAUGCAAGAGUACAGAGGGCUGGGCAUCGGAUCACACAUCCUGCGUCACCUCAGUGAUCUGGCGGUGAAGACGCGCUGCACCGGCAUGAUGUUUGUGGUUGCGGAGAACAACGAGCCAUCGCUGCAGUUCUACAAGCGGCGCGGGGCAGAGGACCUCUCUCAGGAGGAGGGAUGGAGGCUCUUCAGGUUCGACAAGGACAGCCUUGAGAAGAUGGCCACAAAACCUGAGGAGUGAGGGAGGUGAAGUGUGUCAGAAGCAGGUCGACUUGUUCAGCUUUUAAGGGGAACGUCUCAGUUCACAUACUGUGUAGUAAAAUUAAUGUUCCUUUAUUCGGCUUUGUUGCUUUCUACCAACGUGGAAUCACGUUUGUUCCUUACAACCUUUAACCGUCUCUGUCUUUGGAGCAUUACUACAUUUGCUGUGCAGGAAGAAAUAAAAUCACUCAAGCUUUAAUAAAACAUGUGAUCACA